CAGGGUAUAUAUACGAAGCAGACACGAAAGACGGUCAAAAAGUACAAAGUAUAAUUGUGUUUCUGACCAAAAACCAGAAGACAGAAGACCACUGGAUGACCACAAGUUUAUCAUCCCAAGAAGUAAUAGUGUACUUGAGCCUGUUCGUACAUAAUGAUAAAGAAGGAGGCGAUUUGGAUGGUCUAGUUAACCCUGCGGAAUUAAAAAAAAUCAUUGAAGCUUUAAGUUUAAAUGAUGGCCAGAAAGAAAUUUUGACAGGAAAAUUUGAAGCUGACCCAACAGUUAAUUUCGCUGAAUUCUUAUAUGGCUAUUUGGAUGUAAAAUCACUAGGCAGAGGUCUAGACAUGGAACAGAUUACAGAUCUGAGUAAUAUUAAAAAAAACAAAACAAAUGACGAUUGCAUUCAACCCGAUAAAGUAACAGAAUUUAUCGAAGGGUUAUCAAUAAUUGAUGGCCAGCAUGAGAAAUGGGAAUUUGAAAGCUUUCGUAAGUAA